ACUUCAGAGCGAGGCUUGAAAGUGGAACGCAGAACGCGGGGAAGGCGGAAGCUGCUCGUAUACUACGGACGCAUGUGAUUGCAGCAUGGCUCCUGGAGGAAAGAUUAACCGGCCAAAAACGGACUUGCAAAAAAAUCUCUUUAAACGCCGCCGUGUGAUUAGUCGGGAGAAACGCAAGAAACACAAAAUAACUGGCGCCAUCGUGGACAAAGGAUUAAUAACUAUUCAUCACCUGAAGAAGAGAAGUUCCAGUGCAAGAGCAAAUAUCACACUUUCUGGGAAAAAGAAGAGAAAACUGGUGAAGCAGCUCCAGCAUAUCCAAAAAGAAAAGGAUCAAAUGGACGUGGCACCUAGAGUACAACCCAAAAAAACUUCUGUCGCUGCUAUGGAAGUUGAAAGCAACACCAUAAAAAGAAAAUCCAAGAAAACUCCGAAGGAUGUGGAGAUGGAGGAGGUGAUGACCGAGACUGGCAUCGGGGGCGACUCUGUUAUCCCGGAGUCAAAUUGAUGCUGGAAAAAAUGAAUGCAGAUGUUAACAUUGAAGAUGCAACGUGGUUCUACCCCAUCUCGUGAACAAUUUAAUCGUAGUGUAGUACAAUUGGAAACAAAGAGAGUGUUAUUGGUGUUUAUCUGAUGCGGUCAGGUUACCUACCACUUCUAAAAGUGCCUUAUUCUCUCUUCAAUAAAUGUUGUAGACAGCAGCCUCUUCCUUAUGAUUUUGGGUCCAUAUGAUCUUGUGUUUCUUAUACGCCACACAGUCUCCAUGAACUGGCUGGUAUACACAAUCCUUGUUGAUGUGUACUAACUACAUAGAAGGUUCCUUCCAACUGGCAUCUGUACAUAAUGCAUGGUCCGCACAGAAACUGCAGGAGCGGCAGUAGCUGCUAUCUCAAUAGUUGCUUGCCUUAUAAAUGGACUGUUAGCACUGUGUUAAUGUUAAAUGUUUGUUUUAAAAUGUGGGGAUUUUUUUUUAUUUCUUUGCUAAAAAAAAAACUAAUUCUGAUGAAUAGUAUGUAUGCAUUGUAUUAAUGUAAUCCAGUAUCAAGGAGAAUUUACUUUGUACCCUGCAUGUAGAAAUAAAUCCUGACACUUUUACUUUGACCACAAUUUACUGAUGAGACUGCAAGGCUUUACAUUAUGCACAGCGCUAUAGGGUAUUUUUAGAAUAGUAUACAUUUCAAUAAAUCUGUAUGCUGAAAUUAUAAAGAUAUUUGCAGCUUA